CCAGUCGCCAGUCGCACCACAAGGUCACCAUCAACUUCACUUCACAUGCCUCUCACGUCGACCUGCAGGUGCAAGUUCAAUUGAGAGGUUUCUCAAAGCGAUACGAGUACCCACACCCAAUGAUGACAUCCUGAUGCCUAAUGACCACCGAUCUAACGCAUAUCGUCGCCGAUGGAUAACAACAAGAUGGGCAAGAUCGAGGACGACGUACCAACCUCGCUCGACCCCGAUGAACCCGCCCAACCCGAUCGAGAGAUCGUCCUGCAGGACCAGUCCAUACGCCUCCCACUCUCUCGUCUGCUAAUGAUCUACUUUGGUAUUGGUCUCGCUCUCAUCUUGAGUUUUAUGGAUCAAACGAGUGUCAGUACUGCGGCACCGGUGAUCGGAACUGAUAUCGGCGGCAGCGAUAGUAUCACCUGGGUUGGAACAUCAUUCCUGGUCGCCAACUGUGCCAUGCACCUGGUAUACGGAAGACUUUCCGACAUCUUCGGCCGCAAACUUAUGCUGCAACUCGCGCUCCUCUUUCUUGGGUUCGGAAACCUGCUCUGCGGGUUUGCGAAGACCCCUAUUCAGCUCUACUGUUUUAGGGCGAUCAGCGGGCUGGGAGGAGGUGGAAUCAACGGAAUCGCCAUGACCGUCGUCUCUGACGUCGUUUCCCUGAAAGACCGAGGCAAAUAUCAAGGUCUGAUCUCGGCGGCCACCUCGAUAGGGAAUAGUAUUGGACCGUUCGCUGGAGGUGGUCUAGCUACGGCGGGCCAAUGGAGAUGGGUGUUUUGGAUGACCUGCCCCCUAUCUGUCCUGAUCGCGAUCAGCACCCAUUUCAUAUUGCCAUUGAAGCCGGUAGUUGGCAGUGUCAAAACAAAACUGCGUCAAAUCGAUUAUACUGGAAUCAUCCUCGGUGCAGGCGCGACGGUUCUGCUACUUGUACCGAUAUCCGGGGGCGGUAGCGCUUUCGCUUGGAAUAGCUCCACUGUCAUUGCUCUGCUGGUCGUCGGUGGAGCCAUGCUUGUUGGCUUUCUAUGUUCCCAAUGGAAGCUCAGUCGUUUACCGAUUCUGCCACUUCGGCUGUUUCGCACCCCUUCCGUCUCUAUCCUACUGAUGCAAUCCUUUCUGAUCGGGUUCAUCUACUACGGGAACAUCUUCUACGUUCCGAUGUACUUCCAAUACGUCAAAGGCUACACUGCGCUCAAGUCUGGUGCGCUCGUACUCGCCUACACUCUUCCACAGGCUUUUUGGGGAGUCUUGGGCGGCCAGAUCAUCUCGCGCACGAAUCGGUAUAAGGCGGUCAUCAUCUUCGGAUCCUGCAUGUGGACCUUGUCCUCCGGCCUCCAGUUGCUUUGGGGUCGAACGACAACACUCGGCAAGGUGAUCGGUAUCCUGCAGGUCAAUUCGCUAGGUGUCGGAUGGUGCUUGCAGACAACUCUGGUCGCCAUGAUGGCUGUCACGCCGGACAAGGAUCGAGCGGUCGUAACAGCCUCGCGGAACUUCUUCCGAACAAUGGGCGGAGCUUUUGGCCUAGCAGGUGACUUGGAGAUGAGCACUCCUUCCACAGCCUACCAGAGGAUCUUCGUCUCCUGAUCGUCGACAGCUAUGCCGCCUCGAUCAGAACCUGUUUCGUUGCAUUCACCGCAAUCGCCGGGUGUUGCUUUAUCUUGUCAUUUUUCAUCAAGGAAGUGACGUUCCGCAAGGAUUCGGACGCGCUUAUUCGACAGAAGAAGCAGAACAGAUCGUCGCUUGAGCCAGAGGCGGGGCCAGCGCCGGACAUUGAACUGUCCGCAAUCAAGAAGUAAGGUAAUGUAACCUCGCAGGGGCCGCGCAUUGUAUCAGGGGA